CUUGUUUGCCAGACAUACUGAUAAAUACUUGAAACGUAGUGAGAAACGAACAUAACUAAAAUGGCUAGCCAAUACCCACCACCCCCAAGAGCAGCGCCUCCGACAUAUGACGAGGCAAUUCGAGACGUACCCCCUCCACCGGCAUACAGACUAUAUAGGAGAAUAGCAUCGGGGAACCGACUACAGAGUGAUACUGUUGACCCAAAAGACAUCGGGCAGUCCAAAUCUGCUAUAUAUCUACCGAGAAUGAACAUGUGUUGGGCAGUUGUAUGCUGUAUUUUUAAUUUUAUAUUCCCAGGUCUCGGGACGCUUAUCUCAGGGUUUAGUGUAUGUUUUUGCUGCGUAAAAACUGAUGAUCUAACUAAGUCAGAUAUGGUGUUGUCCGUUGUGACGUGUACUAUCCUGGGACUCCUUCAGAUGGCGCUCACUCCGCUCAUCUUCUUUGGUUGGAUAUGGAGCUGCCUCUGGGGAUGUGCUUUCAUUGGGGCAUCAGAUACUGAGUACCAUGGUAGCUCCGGAGAUAACAAUGGUGAAUCUACAGCUCCGACCAGCAAUAACAUUGUGAGUACACAACCUUACCCAUGUGGCAGUUCACCUGAGAAUGAUUCACAAAUGUACCAGUAUAUGCACCAGUACCCUCCAGGGGUCGAACCAGCAAUGGCUUAUGACAACCACAACCAGACUGUAUAUAUGACCUCACAGAGUGGUCAUUACCCGCAGUAUGACCCUCCGUCUUAUGCUCAAAGUAUUCAGCCCCAAGUACAAAAUCAUAAUGGAGCAAGUACCAUUACUGGGGAGCCAAAUACAGUUCCCUUGGUAACAAAUCCAAACCCUCUGGGAGUAAGCACAGUCGAAACGGAUCCAAACACAAUGCAAGAGGGACCGAAUGCAAACCCCGUGGGACCUAAUGCAAGUAUUGUAAGAUCCAACUCAAAUACCGAAAGAUCAAGUUGUAAUGAUAUUCACUUACCCAAUUCUACCGGGGUUGAAACAUUGAAUACACCAGUCGCAAUAGACAUCUCAAAUGAGGACAGACCUACCCAACAAUCGCAAAUACACAGUCAACAUAGGUAGCCUCUAAUCGAAAAUACUCUUAACAGAGGGAAUAAUAUUGUGAUCUCAAAUGAACUAACUACAGAACCCAAUCAGAGCGAUCCACAAUUUUACAGGCCAAUAAUAAAUGAAAGUUCAACCACGAGGUAGUACCACUGACAAUAUUGUGGAACACACUACCCUACCCCCUUACUGUAGCCUGUAUUUCUUUAAAAUGGAUACAUGCUACAAUGGAGUUGCAAAGUUGC